AUGUCGCGCCUUCCUCAGCAAGUCCCCAUCUCCAUCGCCGACCUUGAGCACAACGCUCACACCACCCUGGCCCUCAAUGCCCUCGAUUACUACCGUAGUGGAGCCAAUGACAUGCAGACCCUCAAAGACAACCAGGACGCUUACAGCAGACUUCGUCUUCGCCCAAGGAUCUUGAGAGAUGUGUCCAAGAUUGACACCACGACCACCCUUUUGGGCCACAAGGUCAGCAGCCCAAUCUGCAUUGCUCCUACUGCUAUGCAGCGUCUUGCCAACGAUGCCGGCGAGAAGGCCACUGCCCGUGCUGCAGCAAACGCCAAAAAGUGCAUGAUCUUGUCAUCGUGGUCAACAACGUCGGCUGAAGACACGAUCGAGGCCGGUCGAGAGGUUCCAUGGGAUCAAUCAGCCUCGGGCGCCUUGCCUCUUUUUUGGUUCCAGCUCUAUGUCUACAAGGACCGUGUCGUCACUGAGCAAUUGAUCCGUCGGGUCGAGAAGGCCGGUUACAAAGCAUUGGUGAUUACGGUUGACACCCCCUUCUUGGGCCGCCGUCUCGCAGAUGUUAGGAACGUCUUCAAGCUGCCGGGGCACAUGUCGAUGGCUAACUUUGAGAACAAAGAUUCCAAAGUCACCAUGGCCACCAUCCUCGACCACAACGACGAAGAAGGCUCCUCCGCUGCCUCCGAUAACAAUGAUGGCUUGAAUCACGACAAGGCAGGAGCAACCAAAAAAGUCGUCCGUCAAGAAUCGAGCUUGGCUGCUUAUGUCGUCUCCCAGAUCGAUCCUACCCUGAACUGGAGCGAUAUUGCCUGGGUCCGUUCCAUCACCAAGCUCCCCGUUGUUGUCAAGGGAGUCCUGACGGCUGAGGAUGCUAAGCUCGCGGCCGAUAUUGGAGUGGAGGGUAUUCUGGUUAGUAACCAUGGUGGUCGUCAGUUGGAUGGUGUCUUGGCGACUAUUGACGCGUUGCCGGAGGUUUUGGAGGCUGUCAAGGGUAGAGGUGUCGAGGUUUAUAUUGAUGGAGGUGUCCGCAAGGGCACUGAUGUCCUCAAGGCCCUUGCUCUUGGUGCCAAGGCCGCCUUCUUGGGCCGACCCAUCCUUUGGGGUCUUGCUCAUGAUGGUGAGGAGGGAGUGACCUUGGCAUUGAACUUGAUCCAGCAAGAGUUUGAACUGGCCAUGGCCUUGGCGGGCUGCUGCAAGAUUGAAGACAUCAACCGCGACCAUGUCCAGCACGGCACCACCGCUCGCUCCAGAUUGUAA